UCGAGGCUGCUUUGGGUCCCUCUGGGCCUUUCUUAAAAGGACACACACUCAUUGCUCCAUGAGUCCCAGCAUCAUCCAUUAAGGCUUCUGUAGUCCUUUUCCAUCAGCAAGCCUUCACUGCAGCCCUCCUGAUCAAAAUGAGUGGCUUUCUGGCCUCACUGGACCCACGGCGGGUGCAGUGGGGGGCUGCUUGGUAUGCAAUGCACUCUCGGAUCCUGCGCACCAAACCAGUGGAGUCCAUGCUGGAAGGGACUGGAACUACCACAGCGCAUGGUACCAAACUAGCCCAGGUACUCACCACUGUGGACCUCAUCUCCCUUGGAGUCGGCAGCUGUGUGGGCACUGGCAUGUACGUGGUGUCUGGCCUGGUGGCCAAGGAAAUGGCAGGACCUGGUGUCAUUGUGUCCUUCAUCAUUGCUGCUGUGGCAUCUAUACUAUCAGGUGUGUGUUAUGCAGAGUUUGGAGUUCGAGUCCCCAAAACCACAGGAUCUGCCUACACCUACAGCUAUGUCACUGUUGGGGAAUUUGUGGCAUUUUUCAUUGGCUGGAAUUUGAUACUGGAGUACCUGAUUGGCACGGCAGCUGGCGCCAGUGCCCUGAGCAGCAUGUUUGACUCCCUGGCAAACCACACCAUCAGCCGCUGGAUGGUGGACACAGUGGGAACCCUCAACGGCCUGGGGAAAGGAGAGGAAUCAUACCCAGACCUUCUUGCUCUGGUGAUUGCUGUCAUCGUGACCAUCAUUGUGGCUCUGGGAGUGAAGAAUUCUGUGGGCUUCAACAACGUCCUCAAUGUACUGAACCUGGCAGUGUGGGUGUUCAUCAUGAUCGCAGGCUUCUUCUUCGUCAAUGGCAAAUACUGGGCUGAGGGCCAGUUCUUGCCCCACGGCUGGUCAGGGGUGCUGCAAGGAGCAGCUACUUGUUUCUAUGCUUUCAUUGGCUUUGACAUUAUUGCCACCACUGGGGAGGAGGCCAAGAACCCCAAUACAUCCAUCCCGUAUGCUAUCACUGCAUCCCUGGUCAUCUGUCUGACAGCAUAUGUGACUGUGAGCAUGAUCUUAACUCUGAUGGUGCCAUAUUAUGCCAUCGACACGGAGUCCCCUCUCAUGGAGAUGUUUGUGGCCCAUGGCUUCUAUGCUGCAAAGUUUGUAGUGGCCAUCGGGUCGGUGGCAGGACUGACAGUCAGCCUGCUGGGCUCCCUGUUCCCCAUGCCCAGGGUCAUUUAUGCCAUGGCUGGUGAUGGGCUGCUUUUCAGGUUCCUGGCCCAUGUGAGCUCCUACACAGAGACCCCGGUGGUAGCUUGCAUCGUGUCAGGGUUCCUGGCCUCUCUCCUGUCACUGUUGGUCAGCCUAAGGGACCUGAUAGAAAUGAUGUCCAUUGGUACACUCCUCGCCUACACCUUGGUCUCUGUCUGCGUCUUGCUCCUUCGAUACCAGCCCGAGAGUGACAUCGAUGGUUUUGUCAAGUUCCUGUCUGAGGAGCACACCAAGAAGAAGGAAGGCAUCCUGGCUGACUGUGAGAAGGAGACUUGCUCUCCUGUGAGUGAAGGGGAAGAGUUUUCCAGCUCUGCCACCAACACCUGCGGGGCCAAGAACCUGCCAUCCUUGGGAGACAACGAGAUGCUUAUAGGGAAGUCAGAUAAGUCUACCUACAACGUCAGCCACCCCAACUACGGCACUGUGGACAUGACCACCGGCAUAGAAGCGGAUGAAUCAGAAAACAUCUAUCUCAUCAAGCUGAAGAAGCUGAUUGGACCCCGUUACUACACGAUGAGAAUCCGGCUGGGCCUUCCAGGCAAAAUGGACCGACCCACAGCAGCAACAGGACACACAGUGACCAUAUGCGUGCUCCUGCUCUUCAUCCUCAUGUUCGUCUUCUGCUCCUUCAUCAUCUUCGGCUCCGACUACAUCUCAGGCCAGAGCUGGUGGGCCAUCCUUCUGGUUGUUCUGAUGGUGCUGCUGAUCACUGCGCUGGUGUUCGUAAUCCUGCAGCAGCCCGAGAACCCCAAAAAGCUGCCGUACAUGGCCCCCUGCCUCCCCUUUGUGCCUGCCUUUGCCAUGCUGGUGAAUAUCUAUCUCAUGCUAAAGCUCUCCACCAUCACAUGGAUCCGGUUUGCCGUCUGGUGCUUUGUGGGUAUGCUCAUUUAUUUUGGGUAUGGCAUCUGGAACAGCACCCUGGAAAUCAGUGCCCGAGAGCAGGCCCUGCACCAAAGCACAUACCAGCGCUACGACGUCGAUGACCCCUUUUCCGUGGAGGAGGGGUUCUCCUACGCCACAGAGGGCGAGAGCCAGGAGGACUGGGGUGGGCCAGCUGAGGACAAAGGCUUCUAUUACCAACAGAUGUCAGAUGCCAAGGCAAGCACCCGGACGAGUAGCAAAGCGAAAAGUAAAAGCAAACACAAACAGAACUCAGAGGCCCUGAUUGCAAAUGAUGAGUUAGAUUGCUCUCCUGAGUAAGGCUAAACGUGAGGAGCCUAGA